AUGGUGACACGCAUCCUUUCUCCAUGGCAACCUGAGAUCCCCAAACCCCGGUUGGGCUCGGGAGUGAGUGUGGCCGCCAGGGGGCGCGCCGCCUCCGGGCUGACCUCCAGGCCCGAGGACAAGGAGCCUCUGGCCACAGACUCAAAGAGGGGCGCUAGCGUGGAGAGGUUCCCAGUGCGCCGAGCCCGGCCGGGAACCGGGGAGGCGGCCCCGGUGGACACCCAAGAGUUAACUGGCGGGUGUGACAGGGCGCACCGCCCUCAGGAAGUGUUACUCACCGCCAGGAAUGCCAGUGCCUGUGCCUCGGGAUCUGGCUUCCUGGUCCCGGGAGGAGCCGCGGAGACCCCAGCCAUGGAGAGUCCCGGGGAGCCGGCCGCAGACCCCCUGCGCGCCCCCAGCCCCCCGGGCCGCACUUCCGCGCACCUGGAGGGGGGAAAGCCCAGCCCGGACCCGACGGACCGGCUGUACGAUGUGCCGGCCGCCAGCGUGGGGCAGCGCGGGGGCCCGUCCCCGCCAGGGCGCGCCGUCAGCCUCCGUGAGCGCCUGCUGCUCACCCGGCCUGUGUGGCUGCAGCUGCGGGCCAACGCAGCGGCCGCGCUGCACGUGCUGAGGACGGAGCCCCCGGGGACGUUCCUCGUGCGGAAAUCCAACACCCGCCGGUGCCAAGCCCUGUGCGUGCGGCUGCCCGAGGCCAGCGGCCCGUCCUUCGUCUCCAGCCACUACAUCCUGGAGCGGCCCGGGGGCGUCUCCUUGGAGAGCUCGGAGCUGGAGUUCCCAGACCUGGUCAGCCUCAUCUGUGCCUAUUGCCACACCCGGGACAUCCUUCUCCUCCCGCUCCAGCUCCCCGCAGCCAUCCUCCAGGCUGCCACCCACAAAGAGCUGGAGGCCAUCUCCCACCUGGGCGUUGAGUUCUGGAGCUCCGGCCUCAACACCAAGACUCAGUGUAGCCCUGGCGAAGGUCCGCUGCUGCCCUCCCUGAAGUCUCUGUCCCCUCAAGAGUCAGACCAGGGCACCAGCGGCACUGCCCUGUGUUUCUUCAACCCCCUCUUCCCGGGAGACCUGGGCCCCACCAAACGGGAGAAGUUCAAGAGGAGCUUCAAGGUGCGCGUGUCCACGGAGACCUCAAGCCCCCUGUCUCCGCCGGCUGUGCCACCACCCCCAGUCCCGGUGUUGCCAGGAGCCACCCCCAGCCAGGUGGACAGGCUGCCUCCACGCCAGCUGCUGCGGAGGGAGAGCUCGGUGGGCUACCGCGUGCCAGGAGGUGCUGGCCCCCGCCUCCCACCCCUGCCAUCCCUCCAGGAGGUGGACUGCGGCUCCCCCAGCAGCUCUGAGGAGGAGGCGCCCCCAGGGGCACGGGGCAGCCCAGCCACCUCCCCCAGCCUGGGUCGCCGGAGGCCCCUGUUCCGCUCCAUGAGUGCAGCCUUCUGCUCGCUGCUGGCGCCCGAGCGGCAGGUGGGCCGGUUGGCUGCCACACUGAUGCGCGACCGUCACACGGCCGUGGGCCAGCUGGUGCAGGACCUGCUGACACAAGUCCGGGCCGAGCCGAAACCCCAGGAGCUGCAGACCAUCCGAGAGGCACUGAGCCGUGCCCGGGCCAUGCUGAGCACCGAGCUGGGCCCUGAGAAGCUGCUGCCCCCCAAGAAGCUGGAGCACAUCCUGGAGAAGUCGCUGCACCGCUCCGUGCUCAAGCCUCUCCGGCCCAUCCUGGCUGCUCGCCUCCGGCGCCGGCUCUCAGCUGACGGCUCCUUGGGCCGCCUGGCUGAGGGCCUCCGCCUGGCCCGGACACAGGGCCCUAGCGCCUUCGGGGCCCACUUGAGCCUGCCCUCCCCGCUGGAGGUGGACCAGGUGCGCCAGAAGCUGCUGCAGCUGCUCCGAGCCUACUCCCCGGGCGCCCAGAUCAAGCGGCUCCUGCAGGCCUGCAAACUGCUCUACACGGCCCUGAGGGCCCAAGCGGGGGAGGGCGCGGGUGCUGAUGAGUUCCUGCCACUGCUGAGCCUGGUCCUGGCCCAGUGUGACCUUCCGGACCUGCUGCUGGAGGCUGAGUACAUGUCAGAGCUGCUGGAGCCCACCUUACUCACAGGAGAGGGUGGAUACUACCUGACCAGCCUGUCAGCCAGCCUGGCCCUGCUGAGCGGUCUAGGGGCACACACUCUGCCCCUCAGCCCCUCGCAGGAGCUGCAGCGCUCCCUCAGCCUCUGGGAACAGCGUCGCCUGCCGGCCACCCACACCUUCCAGAACCUCCUCCGAGUGGCCUAUCAGGACCCCUGUACUGGCUGCACCUCCAAGACCCUGGCACUACCCCCCGGAACCUCCAUUGCCACCCUCAACCAGCUCUGUGCCACCAAGUUCCGAGUGACCCAACCUGAUGCUUUUGGCCUCUUCCUGUACAAGGAGCAGGGCUACCAACGCCUGCCCCCCGGAGCCCUGGCCCACGGGGUGCCUACAAACGGCUACCUCGUCUACCGCCGGGCAGAGUGGCCUGAAGUGGACCCACCUGGGACUGCAACAGAAAAGGGGAGCAGAGAAGACCCUGAUGCGGGGAGCAGAGCAGAGGAAGACGGACCCCAAGGAAAUGGGGAGGAGGUCCAAGCCAGCAUUGGGGACAUGGACCCAGAGGCUGAGAAGACUGUGGAGGGAGUGGAGGGUCAGGCUGGUCCUGCCAAGUCAGAGGGGCCAGAAGCAGAAGGCAGCCAGGCAGCCGAGGAGUAG